AUGGCAGCCUACGCGCAGCAGCUCCUGGUGUGCACCGGGCAAAGGGACUGGACGAGCCGGAUUGAAGAUGACGGGCAGGGCGAAAGCUGGGGCGCGCUGGUCCGGGGCCUGAAGGGUCUCCUCGGCCGCGGCGGCCAGUUUGCCGACCCCUACAACAACAUCCUCAUCACGAACUCGUCCUUCGCGCCCUCGCCACCGCCGCCCACCAAUCCCUCGGGGAGGGAGAAAACUAUGGCGUCCGCCUUCCUCUUCCCCAGCUUCAAAUACUUCCCCUCCAUUCCGACUCACCCUCCAUCCACACCCACGACCCCGACCACCACCACGGAGGACGCCAACCUAUCCACCUUCGUGCAAGCGCAUCUCCUCCCCGAGACCUCGCGAUUCGGCGGCCCUACCCGCCGCCCCGAGCUGGCGGCCGCCCUGCCUGCCGACGCCAUCGACUGGGUGCACUCGCCCGUGGUGCUGAUCUGCGGCCAUGGCGGGCGCGACAUGCGCUGCGGGGUGAUGGCGGGCGCCCUGGAGGCUGAGUUCCAGUCCGUCCUGCGCGAGCACGGGUUCGCCGUGCCGAGUAGCGGCGAGGUCGGCGACCGGGAAGACGAGAACGGGGCUCCCCAGAUCGACCGCCCGGACCGGGCGCAUGUCGGGCUGAUCAGCCAUAUCGGCGGCCACAAGUAUGCGGGGAAUGUCAUCGUCUAUAUCCCGCCGGGGAUGCGGGCUGUCGGGGAGGAUUCAGUCUCGAUCCCGCAUCCGCUGGCAGGGAAGGGGAUCUGGUAUGGGCGCAUUGAGCCCAAGCAUGUGCGGGGGGUGGUGAAGGAGACGGUGCUGGGUGGGAGGGUGAUUGCUGACCAUUUCCGUGGGGGGGUGGAUCGAGAGAGUGGGAUUUUGCGGUUGUAG